AUGGCCGCACUCCCAGGCUUCACGGACAACCCAUUUCAGACCCGCUUUGACCUCGUACAGGCAAGCGCCGCCCUGCUAAAGCCGCUGGAGCAGCACAAGUCCCCCCAAAAGGCCUUUAUCAAACUCUCCACAGGCACCGCGGCAGGGUUUGAUGAGGUCUCCGCCCAACUCGAGGGCUUUGCACGGCCGCUCUGGGCCAUCGCGAGCCUCCUUGCUCCCGCAAGUAAUGCAGAUAGCCUUGGCCUUGACGUGGACUCAUGGGUCUGCGGCUUACGAGCUGGCACAAACCCAGCAUCUUCGGAGUACUGGGGUGAUCUGGGCGACUUCGACCAGCGCAUGGUGGAAAUGGAGAGCAUCGCGUAUGCGCUGCUGAUGGCCCCUGCAGCAUUUUUGUCUGGGAUGGACGGGAUGGCCCGGGAAAAUCUAGAAAGGUGGUUGCGCCAAAUAAAUGGACGGAAAAUGCCCGAGAACAACUGGCGCUGGUUUCGCGUGUUGGUCAAUCUGGCGCUGGGGUCCCAGGAUGAGGAUGUUGUGGCCCAGGACUUGAACAUGCUGGACUCGUUCGAUAUUGGUGAGGGAUGGAGUAGCGAUGGGCUCUGGGGUAACGAGAGGAAACAGGCCGAUUAUUACUCGGGAAGCUUCGCAAUCCAGUUUGCACGGAUGCUAUAUGUGAGGUGUAUGGAGGAUAGGGGCUUGGCUUCCGAAGACCAGAGUAGAGUUGAGAGGUAUAAACUGGAGGCACGACAGUUUGCGUCGGGGUUCUGGAGGUAUUUUGAUGUGGAUGGAAGUGCCAUCCCGUUUGGGCGGAGCCUGACGUACCGGUUCGCGUUCGCGGCAUUCUGGUCCGCAGUCGCCAUCGCCGGGGUACAGCUUGACGCACCACUCAACAAUAUCGGCGUGGUCAAGGGUCUCCUCCUCCGCCAUCUACGCUGGUGGAGUAAGCAGCCUGGCAUCUUCAACACUGAUGGUACCAUCAAUAUCGGCUAUACCUAUCCAAACAUGUUCCUCAGCGAGAACUACAAUUCACCACAGUCCGUAUACUGGUGUUUGAAAUCAUUCAUCAUCCUUUGUCUACCUGAGAGCCACUCUUUCUGGACAGCAAAAGAGUUACCGCACCCACUUGCUGCCCGCCUUUUGCCUGCCCAGCCGCUACUCGACGAAGUCAAACUUCUCUGGCCGCCCCGACAUAUUCUAUGCAGCGGACGCAGCCACCACUUUCUGCUCUCAUCGGGCCAAGGAACCACGAAGGCCCACCGCGCCAGAGAGGCAAAGUACGGCAAGAUGGCGUACUCGUCCUUCUUUGGAUUCAGCGUCCCCAGUGGCACACUGCUGGAGCAGAUGGCUCCGGACAGCACGCUGACUGUCAGUUUCGAUGACGGCGACGCAUGGAUUGUGCGUGCAAAUCCGUUCAAUGUACGGCAUCGGCAGAUCUCGAUCCUCACUUCCGAAGCGGCUGCUGGGAUGGGAACGGUAGCGAGAACAAUGCCGGCUCUUGUUAGUACCUGGAGACCCAAGAAGGCAAUUGAAUUCGAGGUCCAAACUACCCUGAUUCCCGCAUUGGAACUGUGGUCAGGAUGGCACUUCCGUAUACACAGGGUGAGGUGGUCACCAGCAGCCAUCGUACCUGGACCCAUCAGAUUAGUUGAUGCAGGCUUUGCGGCUUCUGGUGCGACAAGAACGGGCCUGUUGUGUCCAGAGAGAGAUUUGGAGAGGCUGUUGGAUCAGGAUGCUGCUGCGGUGGAAGCAUGGGGGAAAGACGAGCAGACGUGCUUGAUCCUCUCCGAUGGUAGCGCUAGUGGUGUUGUCAAUCUACAAAGGGAUUUGAUGUUUGUGCCGUGUUCAGGUGGUGGCAGGCUUGCGACCGAAAGUCCGGCAUUACUGCUGCGAGCAGAUGCAAAUACUAAUUUAAUCAUGCAAAGAACCUUGAUACCUGCGAUUCAGCACACACUGGUCGCGGAGGCCGAGAGCAAAUCUGCGGCGGAGAUGUGGUUAGCGACGGGAAUAUUCGCAUUUUCGAAGACAUCGUGUAUUGACGUGACGGAGGGUCGGAAAUUGUGGUUAAAAAGACCAAAAAUCCAGGUGACAGCAAGGCCAGGGGAAGAAGAUGAGAUCCGAGUUAUGCUAUACUAA